AUGCCAGCAACCAGGAAACUAAGCCACGAAGAGCGAAAACGAGGUGAAGUGGCCCUCAGUGAAUUCGCCGAGUAUGCCGAUAAACAGCAAGCCCAUCGCUCCGGGCAAGUCGCACCCAGCGACAGCGGGUGUUCCACCGCCAGCGUAUCGCGCGACCUUGAGGACCACGCAGAGCUUGACAUUCUUGAUCAAUUAGGGCUGUCCGAUGCCCCUCAACCAGCCAAGCUUAAGGAACUCCUUCUUGGUACAAGCGAUGCCAUCGAAGACAGCCUGCAAGUGCUAGCUGCGACAUUACAAACGCGCAUUGAUGAAGGCCAUGGGGAAACUAUCUUCGAUCUCGGGUUGGAGGAUGGUGGUGAAUCCAUGGGCUUCGAUCUCGGUCAAUGGAAGACAGCGCUGCAGCGUCUGCGCGAGGCGGCCGAGACCAUCCCCGCCCACUGUCGAGUAUUGCUGACCUACAACGUCGGAGGCCCCGAAGAAUCGCCUAUUACCAAUGACCGGGUACAGGGCGCUUGGGGUAAGGUCCUCGUGCGCCACCAUAUUGGUAAUAUCGAGGAGAUGGCGGAGCUCCGGAUUGCCGUAGUGGGGAAUGUCGAUGCUGGAAAGAGCACUAUGUUGGGAGUACUGGUGAAAGGUGAUCUUGACGAUGGACGUGGUCGUGCGCGAGUAAAUCUGUUCCGCCACAAGCACGAGAUCGAAAGUGGGCGUACCAGCUCCGUCGGGUUGGAGAUCAUGGGCUUCGACAGCCGAGGUGAAAUAGUUGGCAAUACGCAGGGCCAGGGCCGGAAGCUCUCUUGGGAAGACAUCGGCAAGCGCUCUGCUAAGGUCAUCUCCUUCUCCGAUUUAGCUGGUCACGAGCGGUAUCUGCGCACCACGGUUUUCGGUAUGUUGAGCAGCAGCCCCAACUACUGUUUGCUGAUGGUCGCUGCCAACAACGGCCUGAUCGGAAUGAGCAAGGAGCAUCUAGGUAUUGCUUUGGCCCUCAAUGUGCCUGUCAUGGUCAUUGUCACCAAGAUUGAUAUUUGCCCGCCCCAUAUUCUGCAGGAGACUUUGUCCCAGCUGACCAAGAUUCUCAAAUCGCCUGGCGCGCGUAAGAUUCCAAUCUUCGUUAAGGAUAUGGAGGAGACCAUUAACACGGCCACGCAAUUCGUCAGCCAGCGGAUAUGUCCUAUCUUCCAAGUGUCCAAUGUUACAGGAGAGAACCUCGACCUAGUACGGACCUUCCUAAACAUCCUACCUCACCGCGGUCAAUAUGACGCUGCGGGAGCCUUCGAAUUCCUGAUCAACGACACCUUCUCCGUUCCUCAUGUGGGUACAGUUGUCUCAGGUGUGGUCAAGUCCGGUGUCAUUCAUGCCGGUGACACGGUCAUAGUGGGACCAGACUCGCUCGGCCAGUUCACCACCACAGUCAUCAAGUCCAUUGAACGCAAGCGUAUACAGGUGAAAGCUUGCUUUGCUGGUCAGUCUGGAUCUUUCGCCCUGAAGCGCGUCCGCCGGAAGGAAGUGCGCAAGGGUAUGGUAGUGUUGAAAAAGAUAGAGGAGCCUCCCAAGGUGUAUCGGGAAUUCGUCGCGGAGGUCCUAAUUCUUUCUCAUGCAACCACCAUCAAGCCUAAAUACCAGGCUAUGCUUCAUGUUGGGGCAGUCAGUCAGACAUGCUCGGUCAUUGACAUCGACCGCCCUUUCAUUCGUACCGGAGAUCGAGCGCUAGUCGCGUUCAGAUUCGUACAGCGUCCUGAAUUCUUAGCCCCCGGGGACCGUGUUCUCUUCCGUGAGGGCAAGACGAAAGGACUAGGAAUUGUUAAGAGCAUCGGGUAUGACUCGGCGCAACCGUUGAACCCAAAUGCAAAGGAGGGAGCUUCGACCCCUACACCUACGAUACCUCAUGACUAG